GGCAUGCACAAAGUGUUUCCACAAAGACAAUGGCUUGUUUUGCAUGUUGUGUCUGCUCCUUUAACUGAAUCGAGGACAAAUCACAGAUCCAAUCACCUUUCAUCUUUAGAACCGCAACUUAACCCCAUAAAGAAAAGAGAAAAGAUUCAUCUAAAAGGCAAGAGAGAAAAUGGCAGAACAGAGAUCAAGAUCAACAAAAACCUUCUUCGCUCAUCUGAUUCUAUGUCUCUUUCUUGUCUCACAAGUCUCCAUCGCCUCUUGUAGCAAUACGAGUGUAGGAGUGAACUGGGGAACAAUGGCGAGUCACCAGCUUCCACCUGAAAACGUGGUGAAGAUGCUAAAGGACAAUGGGUUUACUAAGCUAAAACUGUUCGAAGCCGACCAAAACAUCUUAAACGCUCUAACUGGUUCAGACAUCGAAGUCAUGAUCGGAAUACCAAACCGGUUGCUUAAAGAAGUCGCUCAAGAUCCAGCGUUAGCAGCUUCAUGGGUAGAAGAGAACGUCACCGCUUAUUCUUACAACGGUGGAGUCAACAUCAAGUACAUAGCUGUCGGAAACGAGCCUUUCCUUCAGACAUAUAACGGAACAUACGUUGAGUUCACUUUACCAGCUCUCGUCAACAUACAAAAAGCACUAGAGGAAGCUGGUCUGAAAAACGUGAGAGUCACGGUUCCUUUCAACGCAGACAUAUACUUUUCGCCGGAAUCAAACCCUGUUCCAUCAGCUGGAGACUUUAGGCCUGAGCUCAGAGAUGUAACGAUUGAGAUAAUCAACUUCUUGUAUACACAUGAUUCUCCUUUCACGGUCAACAUCUACCCUUUUCUAAGUCUUUACGGAAACGCUUACUUCCCUGUGGAUUUCGCCUUCUUUGAUGGGAGUAACAACUCUCUGAGAGAUGGAGAUCUGGUUUACACCAAUGUGUUUGACGCGAAUCUCGACACUUUGGUUUGUGCAAUGGAAAGAUACAGCUUCUUGGGGAUGAAGAUCAUCGUGGGAGAAGUUGGAUGGCCUACGGAUGGAGACAAGAACGCUAACGCAAAGAGUGCAAAGAGAUUCAACGAGGGAAUGGUAAAGCAUGCUAUGUCUGGUAAUGGAACUCCGGCGAGGAAAGGAGUGAUCAUGGAUGUUUAUCUCUUCAGCCUUGUGGAUGAAGACGCAAAGAGUAUUGCUCCGGGGACUUUUGAGAGGCAUUGGGGCAUCUUCGAGUUUGAUGGUAGACCCAAAUACGAGCUUGAUUUGUCUGGUAAAGGUGAUGAUAAGACUCUGGUUCCUGUACAAGAUGUGAAGUAUCUUCCUAAAACGUGGUGUGUUCUCGACACUAACGCGUUUAACCAAGAUGACUUGGCUGAUAACGUAGACUACGCUUGUAGCUUAUCUGAUUGCACAGCGCUUGGGUUUGGUUCCUCUUGCAACCAUCUUACAAACGUGGGCAAUGCUUCAUAUGCUUUUAAUAUGUAUUAUCAGAUGCAUGAUCAGAAAACAUGGGACUGUGAUUUCUUGGGGUUGGGUUUGAUCACUGAUGAAGAUCCCUCUGAUGAUUUUUGCGAGUUUCCUGUUAUGAUUGAUACAGGAAACUCACCAAGGUCACAGCCUCCAUCUUCUAGAGUGUUGGCAAUGGUUUUAGUUAUUUUGGUUCUUCCCCUUUUGUAAACAGUCUUGCAAAUGAAUCUUUCAAGCUAGAGAUUGUCUCUUACGUA